CUGCAAGAACAGUUUCGAAAUGAAGGAUGUUACAGUAUUCAUGCUGGCACUCUGUUGUUGUCUGUCUGGGACCCAGGCUCAGGGAAACAAUGACAACCAGAAAACCUGCUGUCUAUCUGACACUUGUUCCCUGGCAAAAGAACUAGUAUCUAUUGGAGAGAAACUAGGAACCAUGGUGGAGAAACAGGGAACUAUGGGGGAUAACCUGAGACUCAUGGAGACCAGGUUACAAACCAGUGAGAAGGAAGUGGAGGAGCUGAAGAGAUUAACUGGAGGCCAGCCUAAGGUGGCCUUCUCUGCUGCCUUCAGAGAGUCAGGUUCUGGGGACACUGGACCUUUCAACACCAACACUCCUCUUCAGUACAAGAAGGUCUUCUCAAACACCGACAACUGUUACAACCCAGCCACAGGUGUCUUCACAGCCACGGUAAAAGGGAUGUACUAUUUCCGUUUCACCAUGAUGAACAACCAGGGUAACCCUCCCAGUUCAGCAGUGUGUCUCACCAAGAACGGCCAGAGGCUGGUGUCUGUCUGGGACACUGCAGGAAAUGAUUCCCACGACAGUGGCAGCAAUGCAGUGGUCAUUCCCCUGGAGCUGGGAGAUCAGGUCUAUGUUGAGUUGCAGGCUAACAGGCUGAUCUAUGAUGACACCCUGCACUACAACACCUUCAGUGGGUUCCUGCUCUUCACCAUGUAAAUCAUGCAACUAGUUAAAUACAUACAGGUCCAUGAGUACAAAGUUAACAUAUGCAAUUGUUUUAAGAUGAAUUUUGCAUAGAUGAUUUUGAAUUUUUAUAUGGAAUUGUAAGAUGUUUGUUGCUUUUCCAAGAAAAAUAUUUUUAAAUGAUUUGAUAU